AUGGCGGAAAACAAAGGAGGCGGCGGCGGCGGGGAGGGGGCUGCCGAGGCCGGGCCGGGCGGCGGCGGCGCUUUGGAGCCCGCGGCCGCGUCCCCCUCGGGCGCGGCGCCGCCCGCACCCUCCGCGGCGCCUCCCGAGGAACGGGAGAGCCCGGGCGCGGCGGCGGCGGCGGAGCGCGGUGUCGGGGAGGCCGAGGCCGAGGCGGGGCCCGGGGUGGUUCCGGGGCCGGGCCCCAGCCCGGUUCCCCCGCUGACGCCGGCGGUGCCGGGGCCUUUCUCGCUGCUGGACACCUGCGCCGUGUGCGCGCAGAGCCUGCAGAGCCGGCGCGAGGCUGAGCCUAAACUGCUGCCCUGCCUGCACUCCUUCUGCCGCCGCUGUUUGCCCGAGCCCGAGCGGCAGCUCAGCGUGCCUGUGCCCGGCGGCGCCAACGGCGACGUGCAGCAAGUUGGGGUAAUCAGAUGUCCAAUAUGCCGCCAAGAAUGCAGGCAGAUAGAUCUGGUGGAUAACUACUUUGUGAAAGACACAUCAGAAACACCGAGCAGCUCUGAUGAGAAAUCAGAACAGGUGUGCACAAGCUGUGAAGACAACGCUAGUGCUGUGGGAUUUUGUGUAGAAUGUGGGGAAUGGUUGUGCAAGACUUGCAUAGAAGCUCAUCAGCGAGUAAAAUUUACUAAAGAUCAUAUGAUCAGAAAAAAAGAGGAUGUAUCUUCAGAGGCCGUGGGAGCAUCUGGUCAACGUCCUGUUUUCUGUCCUGUCCACAAACAAGAGCAGUUAAAACUUUUCUGUGAAACAUGUGACAGGCUGACAUGCAGAGACUGUCAGUUACUGGAACACAAAGAACACAGGUAUCAGUUUCUAGAAGAAGCUUUCCAGAACCAGAAGGGUGCGAUUGAGAACCUGUUGGCCAAACUUCUUGAGAAGAAGAAUUAUGUCAAUUUUGCAGCUACACAAGUUCAAAACAGGAUAAAAGAAGUAAAUGAAACUAACAAACGAGUAGAACAGGAAAUCAAAGUGGCUAUAUUCACCCUCAUCAAUGAAAUCAAUAAAAAGGGCAAAUCUCUCCUACAGCACCUUGAGAAUGUAACGAAGGAAAGACAGAUGAAGUUAAUACAACAGCAAAAUGACAUCACUGGUCUUUCUCGACAAGUGAAGCAUGUGAUGAACUUUACUAAUUGGGCUAUUGCAAGUGGCAGCAGUACUGCUUUGCUGUACAGUAAACGGCUGAUAACAUUCCAGUUACGACAUAUUUUGAAGGCACGUUGUGAUCCUGUCCCAGCUGCCAACGGAGCAAUUCGCUUUCAUUGUGACCCCACGUUUUGGGCAAAGAACGUUGUCAAUUUAGGUAACCUUGUUAUUGAAAAUAAGCCAGCUCCUAGUUACACUCCUAAUGUAGUGGUUGGACAAGCUCCUCCGGGGACAAACCACAUCAACAAAGCUCCAGGACAAAUCAAUCUAGCACAGCUUCGACUUCAGCACAUGCAGCAGCAGGUGUAUGCACAAAAGCAUCAGCAAUUGCAGCAGAUGAGGAUGGGACAGCCAUCUGGGUCAGUUCCCAGACAAACCAACCCUCAAGUCUUACAGCAGCAGCCUCCCAGGUUGAUCAGCAUGCAGACCAUGCAGAGAGGUAACAUGAACUGUGGGGCUUUCCAAGCACAUCAGAUGAGAAUGGCUCAGAAUGCUGCUCGUAUACCAGGAAUACCACGCCACAAUGGACCACAAUACUCCAUGAUGCAACCUCACCUUCAAAGACAACAUUCUAACCCUGGGCAUGCGGGGCCUUUUCCAGUUGUUUCUGUGCACAACAACACUAUUAAUCCAACUAGUCCUACUACAGCAACAAUGGCAAGUGCAAACCGUGGCCCAACCAGUCCGUCUGUUACAGCAAUCGAACUCAUUCCUUCCGUAACAAAUCCAGAGAAUUUACCUUCCCUGCCAGAUAUCCCACCCAUCCAGCUUGAGGAUGCUGGUUCAAGUAAUUUGGAUAACCUUUUAAGCAGAUAUAUCACAGGCAGCCAUCUACCCCCACAACCCACAAGUACCAUGAAUCCUUCCCCAGGACCUUCAGCUCUAUCUCCAGGGUCAUCAGGUUUAUCCAACUCCCACACUCCUGUGAGGCCACCUAGUACCUCCAGCACAGGAAGCAGAGGAAGCUGUGGCUCCUCAGGCAGAACUGCUGAGAAAACUAGUGUUAACUUCAAGUCUGACCAGGUAAAAGUCAAGCAAGAGCCGGGGACAGAGGAAGAGAUAUGCAGUUUCUCAGGAACAGUAAAGCAGGAGAAAACAGAGGAUGGCAGAAGGAGUGCUUGCAUGCUUAGCAGUCCUGAGAGCAGCUUGACACCACCACUGUCCACUAACUUGCAUCUGGAAAGUGAAUUGGAAGCCUUAGGAAGUCUGGAAAAUCACGUAAAAACUGAGCCAGGAGACUUGAGUGAAAGCUGCAAACAGUCUGGGCAUGGCCUUCUCAAUGGAAAAUCCCCCAUGCGGAGCCUAAUGCACCGAUCAGCUAGAACUGGAGGAGAAGGCAGUAAUAAGGAUGAUGAUCCGAAUGAAGACUGGUGUGCUGUAUGCCAAAACGGAGGAGAUCUGUUAUGUUGUGAAAAGUGCCCCAAAGUGUUUCACCUGACUUGUCAUGUUCCAACACUCCUCAGCUUUCCGAGUGGAGACUGGAUAUGUACAUUCUGCAGAGAUCUAAGCAAACCAGAAGUAGAAUAUGAUUGUGACAACUUGCAACACAGCAAGAAAGGGAAAACAGCACAAGGCCUGAGUCCUGUGGACCAAAGGAAAUGUGAACGUCUCCUGCUUUACCUGUAUUGUCAUGAGCUGAGCAUUGAAUUUCAGGAGCCAGUCCCAGCCUCGAUACCAAACUACUACAAAAUAAUAAAGAAGCCAAUGGAUUUAUCUACAGUGAAAAAGAAACUGCAAAAGAAGCAUUCUCAGCAUUACCAAACUCCCGAGGACUUUGUGGCUGAUGUCAGGUUGAUCUUCAAGAACUGUGAAAGGUUUAAUGAAAUGAUGAAAGUUGUUCAAGUUUAUGCAGAAACACAAGAGAUUAAUUUGAAGGCUGAUUCAGAAGUAGCACAGGCAGGGAAGGCAGUUGCAUUAUACUUUGAAGAUAAACUUACAGAGAUCUACCCAGACAGGACCUUCCAGCCUUUGCCUGAAUUUGAGCAGGAAGAGGAUGAUGGUGAAAUAACUGAGGACUCCGAUGAAGAUUUUAUACAGCCACGUAGGAAACGCCUAAAAUCAGAUGAGAGACCAGUGCAUAUAAAGUAAUCUAAUUAUAUGGACCUUGAAUUUAUUGUAAAAACUGUUAUUUAAGUGUUCCUGGAAUAUUACCAUGCCUAUGGUGGCCGUCUUGAAGAAGCUGAUAGCUUUUUAAACAGUAUUAGAGUACAAAAACACUUGUACAGAAAGGUAUUCUCAUCAGAAGGGGAAAAAAUUUAUUGUAAAUUUUUGAUGGUUUUUUCUUUUUUUUUUUUUUUUUUUCCCUUGGCUAUUUUCUAUUUCCUUUCUCUUCCUGAUGGAGGGGACACAAACUCAUCCUGGUCUCAGAUAGAGGUGGAUGAAUGUUGAAGAGAAGCAGAUUUGAAAAGAGAUGUUCCAUGUACAGAUGAGACGGCUUAGUAAAAUGUUGUGCAGGACUGGACCAAUACAGUUGCUUUGUGUUACUUUCAUGCUGGACUAUCAUGUAAAACUGUAAGCAAUUUUCCCCAGAUCCCCUCUUUGUGUGAACUGAAAUGCGUGUUGGGUCAUUGCUUUCAUCAUCUCAUUUAAAUGCUGUUGUGAAUAACUGAUCUUCCGUGUUGAUCCAGUUACCUAAAUUUGACUUUCUUUACUACAUUUUGUGUACAGCAAAAGAAAAAACAAAACAAAACAAAACAAACCAUCAUUAAACUGUUCUGCAUUGGCGACUGUA